UUUUGAGCAGAAAUAAGAAUUAGGAAUUAAGAGUCACUUAAAACAACGGUUGAAGUUGAGAUUGAAUCAACGAGUUAGUAUUAUCUCUAGGACCCGGCGGAGUGCUCAUAUGUAACUGGACAUUGUGGCUCCAUUUGAGGAAGAUUGCUUAUCUCUCUCCUCCUGUCCACAACUCGACUGGGCUGAGAAAUCAAUCCCACCCUCCAAACAACUCCAGGAGUUUCUCCUCAUCGGGAUGUGUUUUAGGAAGCAUUGAUGGACUUUAAUGAAAUUUGGACCACUGUGAAUCUCCUAAACGACUAUUUCAAGUAUUUGUCGUGCGCCAUUCCGAUGAAUGCUGCGCCAAGCCGCGCUGCCUAAACUCACACAGCCUGCACGGACCCCGUCCAUACUCGGUUGUAUUUGUGAGAGCGAAAGAAAAGAUUGGGUGAUUUGGUCCCGGAAUGUUAUUGGGGAGGAAAGGCUGCUUUGGUCAGACGCAAAAGUUUAAAGAAAGUUGGGAUAAAGAGAAAACGUCGUGGUCUUCGUGUAAACGCGCGCUUUCUGCGCAAACAUCACUUUUAUUUUUCCGUCUGGUGCAAUAUCGAAAAAGAUCAGAAACAGAAGAAUCAGUCAACUGUGUGCGAAAGUCUUUCUCAACUACUCGUGGCUGUAAAUAACUUGUUGAAUGAGCAGCUUGUCCUUGGAGCGCAUUUAAAUGAUGCUGCCAGUGGCAAAGAGCACAGUUGACAGAAGAUCAAGUUCAGACAUCUGCUGACUGAUGAAGAGUGCCACUCCUGUCUACACAUCAGAUCUGACCGUUCGUUGACCCUUUCAUCAACUAUCAACACUCGCAAAGAAUCUCAGUUUUUGACACAUCAUCCAGGCAAUCAAAGACAGAAUAACUGAAUGGAGGCUAAUCGUUGCCUGAAGCCUCACACACAAAAGUAGCAAGAUGCUGCCACAGUUUCCAAAUGCCCUACUGCACUGUUCAAAGCUGCAUUUAAUUUAGAACAUUCUCUGUGAUACUGUCAUUUCUUUGACAAAGCAGCAACUGUUAAGACAACAAAAAAGAGUAGAAGAAUUCGACAGAAACCAUACUGAAUGCGAGCAGCGAUGCUUUGGCCUGUAUUGUUCACCCUGCAGGCCGUGUGCACCAGUGUGGUGCAUGCUAUGCAACAUUACCCUGCGGCCUGGGGACACUAUGAUGUGUGCAAGUCCCAGAUCUAUACAGAGGAGGGCCUGGCGUGGGACUACAUGGCUUGUCAGCCAGAAGCCACUGACAUGACAAAGUACCUGCGAGUGGCCCUCGACCCCCCAAAUAUCACGUGUGGAGAUCCGCCAGAAACGUACUGCGCUUUGGAGAAUCCUUAUAUGUGCAACAACGAAUGUGACGCUGCCACUGAGGAGCUGGCUCAUCCUCCUGAGUUGAUGUUUGACUUUGAGGGUCGCAACCCCACUACUUUCUGGCAGUCAACAUCAUGGAAGAAAUACCCAAAACCUCUGCAGGUUAACAUCACGCUGUCAUGGAACAAGACAAUUGAGCUGACUGAUGACAUUGUACUUACCUUUGAGUCAGGCCGGCCAGAGCAGAUGGUCCUGGAAAAGUCGCUCGACUACGGCCGGACCUGGACCCCCUACCAGUUUUAUGCCACCGACUGCCUGGACGCUUUUACCAUGGAACCCAAGACAGUGAAUGACCUCACCCAGCGCACUCUGCUGGACAUCAUUUGCACUGAAGACUAUUCCCGAGGCUAUGUGUGGAAGAACGACAAGACGGUACGUUUCGAGAUAAAGGACCGCUUUGCUCUGUUUGCUGGCCCUCGACUACACAACAUGGCCUCCCUAUAUGGGCAGCUGGAUACCACCAAGAACCUGAGGGACUUCUUCACGAUUACUGAUCUGAGGAUUAGGCUGCUGAAGCCAGCCACUGGAGCCACCAUGGUGGAUGAGAACAACCUAUCCCGAUAUUUCUACGCAAUCUCUGAUAUCAAAGUGCAGGGCAGGUGCAAGUGCAACCUGCAUGCCAACAGCUGUGUGUUUGACAAGGGGAAGCUGGGCUGUGAGUGUGAACACAACACCACAGGCCCAGACUGCAGUCGCUGCAAGAGACAUUACCACGGAAGAGCUUGGAGUGUGGGCUCCUAUCUUCCAAUACCCAAAGGAACUGCAAAUAUAUGUAUUCCCAGUAAUCAUGGACCAGUGCAUCGAGCAAAUGCUUCAUCUCUUGGUGUUGCAAAUCGUAACCAAGCUCGAGUGUGUGACAACGCAAUGCUGCGGUGUCAGAACGGCGGCACAUGCCACCACCAUCAGCGAUGCCAUUGUUCCCCCGGCUUCACAGGCAUCCUGUGUGAGAGAGCUCGCUGCCAGGGUCCUGGGCAGUGUGAUGACCAAUUGUCUGGACGGGCCUCUCUUCAUCAUCACCCCAUAGGCUGCCAGCUUGCUCUUACCCUUGUAGUGCUCCCACUAUUGAUUAGUUCCCUUUGCUGAGAGACCUGAACCAAAUCCUCAACCAAAACACUAAGACCGCAAAUGUUGAGGCUGAACUCUCAACCUUAUAGACAUGAAGAACAAGAACUUGUGGACAAUGUGCUCAGCGUACAGUAUAAGCAACUCUUUUGUAUAUCCAAGGCCACAGUGGUGGGUGACGGUGUUUGUAGUGCAAGGGGUUGUGCACUGAUGUGCUAUACAGAAUGAUAGAAGGCUUGGUGAUGGCACUGCUCUCUUAUAACUUCACAGAGGAAACAGUUGGAGCCCUUGCUUUGUGAUUGGCUAAUAUGUCAAAGCAGACUGGAGACUCAGACAGAGCUACCCACAUUUUGAGAACAAACUGUACAAACCUAGACACAGAUUUCUAAGUAUCAUCUGAAGUUAUUAAAAAAUAAUAGCGUGGACGGGAACAUCUUAAAACAUCUUGCCUCACUGCCUCCUUCCUUACUUGUUAUCUUCCUCUCUGCUUUCCCUUACUCCCCCCUGUUCCCUAUACCUUUCCUUUUCCUGUGCUUUGGUGACCCUCGUGAUUUACUUUGCUGACGGGUGUCUGUUGUUUUGCCAAAUGCUGCACAUGUAUUAUUAUCGAGCCCCUUACAAGUACCGAUAUAGUACUUUGUUUCUUUUUCAGAGGCUUUGUAGUCAUGCUUGAGCUCACCUGUAUGGGGAAAAAAAAGCUGUAACAUACUGUAACUGUAUUUAAUUUUGUAUAAAACAGAUAUUUUCAUGACUACGCAGAUCAAAAGAUGUAUUACUUGUUUUCUAUUGCUGCUGACCCAUUCUACAGUAGAUGUGGACUAUGAGUGAGUAAGGAGUUUGGUUGUAUUAUUCCGUUGCUUGUGUGGCACGUGGUUCUCUUUGUCUGAGAGCUGCUGUCAAAACUAUGUUUACAUACACACUUACACAAUACACUUCCACCAAAGCGGAAAAAAGAAAAACAUGUCUUUGUCUUGUUGUUGAAUAGUAGUAAUUUUAGUAAGUAGUAACAUGACAUUUGAGACAAGAUAUGUAGCGUGAAACAGUGUAUUGUUUGUAGACACUUAUAAGCCAGUGACAAUAGCUGAAUGUCAUUUUAAAUGAUUUUUUAGAACUAUCAAUGCCAAUCAUUGACCAUUUCACUGAAACAACAGUUGCUGAUAUAUCGGCCAACAAAUAGCUUCCUGGUUCUCUACGGCUGUUUUUCUUUUUUUUUAUUUUCAUUUUUACUGUGCUAUAAUACAUAUUUGUUGUGCUCAUGAAACACGGAAGUAUCAGAAAAAUCUCAAGCCAAAUCCCAUUAACUUUAUGUUUAAUCUAACAAGAAGACUCGGAGAAAAGGAGAUUGCGCGUGUAGCAGAGGUUGUCCUGUUCAAAUCUGUAAUCAGAUCUAAUCCUCAAAUCAAAUGGGAAGAGGGGAAGGUUUUCUGAGCUGGAACAGUUUAAAGCCUGCAUCCUGCUGCGGGAGCCCCCACAAAAGCUACACGUUCAGGAAAUGAGCUUUAAUUCACGGAGGGUCAAUGAAUAGAAAUGAAGUCGCAUCCCACUGGGUGACAUAUUGAGGACUGAGAGCAAUUUCAUUUGAGAGAUUAAUUUUACUCCUGAGGUUGUCAUGAAACAUCUAAUUGUACUGGAGUCUAAUGUAAGUGCCUCUCAUUAAAUGACACUGUCUAUGAAAAGAGUAGCAAAUGCCUUUUGACUUUUGGAAACUAAGAUAAGAUAUUAAUAGGGUGACUGAUAGUGCAAAAAUCUAAAACUGGGACAGGAUGACAUUUUUGGAAGAGAAAAAGCAAAGCCUUUGGUCAGCAUAAACAAGAAGCAAUGUGAGGCUGUCAAAUAACUGCAUUUAGAAAGUAAUCAGCAACAUCAGAACUGGUGUGCCGUGGGAUGUAUUAACAGUAAUCAUACAUAGAGUUGAUGAGGUCUGUUUUUACAGCCUUUCCAUAAACAAAAAUACAUUAGCAAAACCAUAAGGAACAAGAAAAGCACUCAGAGAGCGCAGUAUUCCUCCAAGGCUGCUCAGUCAUUUUAUGAUAUCCAACGAAUGAAAUCUUUAAACAAUUCGUAGUCCGCAGUGGUCAAUUUGUAGUAGCAUUACAGUCAUGUAAUCAUCAGUAGGCAGCAGGUAGCAGCAGGUAGUGUUCACUUCUUGUCAUAGUUACAGUGACGCCGUGCCGCUAUCUUGCAACUACAGAAAUCCUUAACAAAUCUGUGGAUCCAGACUAUAAGCUGCAUUACUGCCAAAAUCUAAUUAAUUAGUCCUUGUGUCAUUUCUGACCUUCCCUGAAAUCCGUCAGUCCGUUUUUUAAUAAUGUUGCAAACAGACAAACAAGCUAAUGUUGAUCGUCACAUAACUCCGCCGCUAGCAUGCUGAUUGUUCCUGGGCCAUGCGAGCUUUAGCCUAAUUUUUGAACAGGAUACAUUUGACCUCAAAGACAGAUCAUCACCUAAUAAUUUUACAUUUCUAGCCACUUUUCAAAAAAAAUAAACAGAAGAUGCUAUUAAUACUGUAAUUAAGGCAAAAUAUCUGACAGCUGCUCUUAGUAUAGCAAGAUGACAAUUUUCAGCCUUUAUACAACAGUUUUGGGGAGCAUCAUAUUUAUGGUGUAAGUGUUAUCUUGUAGAAUGUGCUUAUAUUUAUGAAAAUAACAGCUGAUGUAUUAUGAUAAAUAAUAACUGCAGGGGUCAGUCUUAUUUGAUACAGUCUGUAGGAAUACUUGGGAUGAAAUACAACGGGUGAUUCAUUCAUUUUAUUUCAACAUUACAUACUUAUGUAAGCUAUCAGUCAUUUUAAUAAUAAAGACAUUUCUACAUUUCAAAAAAAUUGCUCUGUGUAAAAUGGCAGAAGGCAACUUGGAGACAGAUUUAUAGUAUUUAGCUAACUUCAGUAAUCAACUCCUUUUUCAACAGAUUUUAUAUUAUUGUCUAGAAAAGACUUACUUGCUUUAUAAUUUUGAUCUGCCCCAGUUGCUUUUUCAAGCAACCUGUCCAGCAUUGUAUCACUUUCUGUGAUUUAAAAGUUUUCUUCCAGGUUCCUUUCUCUGAACAAGCUCUGUAGAAAGUGAAGUGGCACACUUGAGACUAUUUGUGGUGACAGUUUGUGGAAAAGAGCAGUUUGUGCGCUCGCACGUGUGUGGCGUGUGUGUGUAUGUGUGUGUGUGUAUGUGAGAGAGAGAGAGAGAGAGAGAGAGACAAUUACCUUUAUGACAUGUUAGUGCAAUAAAACUGAUGUUUUAUGAUCCUU